AUGCCUGUGUGCGGAGCGCCCGACAACCUUUAUGUCGGCCGGCAGUACACUGCUGUGACUGACCUCCGGGGCAUGUUGAGGGAGGCCUCCGCUGCGAAGUUUGACUUCGUCGUGGUGGAUUUGCUCUUUGGUUCAAUUGUGAAGUCACCAAGCUGGAGCCGGUUCGUUGGGCUAGCGCUGAUUUUGGAUGUUGCAUGGGCAGAUGAGACGAUGUCCAGCUUGGGCAUUGGCGCGGACUCGCGCCUGGCGCAGCUCUUCGCGGCCGCGGAGAGCGACGGUGACGGGGUGCUGACGGCCGAGGAGCUGAGUGGCUUUGAAACGAGUGCCCAAGAGGAGCUAAAGAACUUUUGGCUCAUGGCGCCCUUUGAAGCAGCGCUUUACCCGGAAGAGAACUGCCAGGGGCAGCCUCUCAACAUUGAUGCCUCCAGCUCAGAAGACCGGUGCCAGGAGUGCUUCGAUGUUUGUGGCAAGAGCUUCCCUGACGGCACUCCGAUGGCCACGGCGAACGCCUCCCGAGCCUCUGGCUUCGUCUCGCAGGUCCGAUCCUUGAAGGUGACGAAGGGCGCCGUGCACGUCUCAUCCACCUUCUGCUUUGGCAGCUACAACUUCGGCCUGAACUUCACAGGUGGCCGGGUCUUUGGGGAGCAGGACAAUUGCGUGAGCUUCCAGGAGCCAGCUCAUGUGGGUGCUGUGCCUCCCUCGAUCCUGGAGACGGUUUCCCUCUACUUCCUGAAGGAGGACGCGGCCGACUUCGACCAGGUGCUUGAGCUUCACGAGGCGCCGGAUCUUCAGCGCUCGGGUCUCUUUGAGGCGGCUGACCUGAACAGAGACCAGCUCCUCUCCGUGAGCGAGUAUGCGAGCGCGCUGCAAGCGGACCUCGCCCAGAAAGCCGCCACGGAGGCUUUCAUGGGCUCCGCCGCGAUGGAGGCUGCUGCGGAGGCGGCCCAGGGCCCUGCGUGGUCGGACAACCACACGAUGGAGCAGGUGCUGGCAGCGGAGGAGUUUGGAGAGAGCUACGAGGAGGCGAAGCGGAACCCGGAAGUAGGGACCAUCACCGAGCCGCCUCCGCUGGUGGUGAACGGCCACGUCGUCGUUCAGGGAGGAGGCUCCACUGCUCCAGUGGAGUUUGGCAGAGUGGACGAUGAGAGCCGAGUGGACGGAAAGUUCAGCUACUACGACCCGCAGAAUGGAGGCGAAGUCAUGAUGUGCACCGAGGGGAAGCUGUAUCAUGCGGGCUUUUGCUACACUCCCUGCCGAGUGGGCUAUGACAACGAGGUCUUCAAUGUUUGCUUCAAGACGACUUGCCCGAGUGGCUAUCAAGAGAUUGCUGGAGGGAUCUGCAAGGAAAAAGGCGAUCUGAAAAGAUCUGGGGAAAGGAGUCCUACAACCGUGGACAAGGCGUACCGCCCGACAAGUGCACUUUGGGCAACUCGUUUGGACCCGGUGUCCAGGAGGACAACAACAACCGAGACUUCACUCUGCUGAUUGCAUCCGACACCCAGCUGCCCUGGUGCAGUGGAGCCAUCAAGGCGGUGGGCUCCAAUUGAAGAACCUCGUUUCCGGACCCAAUGCACUUUUUUUCUAAGCAAACAUACAUGCAGAUGCAGAUGGAUCUGUAAAUUGUCUUUGCUCACAUGUCAAAAACAUGUCGUUUGUACUUUCUCAUGUCCUCCCCUCCACAAGCCCCCUUCCUCCGGCCAGAGCGAUUGGCCCUGCGCCAUCGAAGAGAACUAUCGCCCCUGGGCUGAAGGGGGGAGCGAUCCGCUCA